AUGAGAUUCUUGAUUAUUUUACUUUAUACAACUCAUCAAACUAUAAUUUAUUAGUUUGAUGCAGCCUCUGACGGACCAGAAGGUAAUUACUUUAAAUUAUGUUUAAAUUUAGGAUGGGAAGAUUAUAAUGGUAAUGCUAAUUUUCAUACUUGUGAGCGAUUGAAUAUUUUGGAGACCCUAAUUAGAGUAGUUUGAUUAGCAGGAUCUUUUUAGAUUUAGAGCCUCGUUCUCAUGUUGUAGUAGAAGCUCAAUUUCUAAAGUAUAUAUUAUUCUUAAUUUCAAAAGUAUUGAUAACUUUACUGAGUCUUAAUUGGAAAUAGAUGAUGUAAGAUAAGAGUUGGUGACGACAACAUAAAGUUAGAUGUGUGGUAACGCAGAGCCUGAAUAUUUCACAAGUGUCUCUACAACUGUUAAUCAUAAAAGANGA